AUGGACGCCAUCGCUACGACGCAACCUAUCGCUGAGCCUGCACUGCCUAAGCAGGUUGUAGCGCAGACAACAUCUGCACAGAAGAAGAAGAUUACUCCUGGUAUUUCUCUAGCUGCUGGUGCUGUUGCAGGAGGUGUUGAGGCCACAAUCACAUACCCCUUCGAAUGGGCAAAGACAGUAGCGCAGCUCAGCGCACGCCAAGCACCAGCUGGAGUAGCCGUCUCCAAAUCUCCAUUUGCCGUCAUCGGCCAAACAGUUCGUUCAGAUGGCAUUCGAGCAAUCUACACCGGAUGCUCUUCGUUAAUCGCUGGAACUGCUGCCAAAGCUGGUGUUCGCUUCCUCUCUUUUGAUGCUGUAAAGGCUCAAUUAGCAGAUGCCAAUGGCAAGCACUCAGCGGGAUCAAAUAUCCUCGCUGGUAUGAUUGCUGGUGCUGUCGAGAGUGUCACUGUAGUCACACCAACAGAGCGAAUCAAGACUGCCCUCAUUGAUGAUGCUCGCUCAGGGAACAAGCGCCUCAACGGCGGCUUCCACGCCCUGCGCACAAUCGCAGUCGAGCGCGGCGUCCGUGAAAUCUACCGCGGUCUCAUGUCCACCACCCUCAAGCAAUCAGCCACAUCCGGAGUGCGCAUGGGCUCCUACAACAUCCUAAAAGACACAUUCAAGUCCGACGGCAAGAACCCCUUCAUGACAUUCGGUAUCGGCGCCAUUGCUGGUGUCAUCACUGUCUAUGCUACACAGCCGUUUGAUACCAUCAAGACGAGAUCGCAGUCUGCCAAGGGUAUUGGUAUGGGUGAGGCUGUUCAGCAGGUCCUGCGUGAUGGAGGCGUGAGGGCGUUUUGGAGUGGGAGCACUAUGCGCUUGGGACGGUUGAUUCUUAGUGGUGGUAUUGUUUUCACAGCGUAUGAGAAUAUUGCGGGCUUGUUGAUGGGGAUGAAGAAGUAG